GGGGGUUAUUUAGGAGUGCUCUGUCCAUCGGUACAGGCAGUUGUCUCCUCCUGUGUGGAUCUUGUCCGUUGUCUGUGCCAGCCCAAGCCAUGGGAGCACCAAUGCUCCUCUUAGCUCUGGCCCUAUUCCCAGUUGCAGCUGCAGCAAGCCUGGAACCUCACUACAUGGUGGUGUUCCCUGCUGUCAUUCACUACGCCCAAGAGGAGAAGCUCUGCAUUCACCUUAGCUCCCUGACUGAGGCUGUCCACUUGGCUGUCACCCUGCAAGUGAAAACCCAGAACCACACACUGCUUGAACAAGAUGUGGAGAAUCCAGGCACAUUUCAGUGCCUCACCUUCCAGGUGCCAGAAUUCACUCCCAGGAAAAGAGAGGACCCCCUGUCACAGACAGAGAGGGUGUCUUUCCUGCAUGUCCUGAUCCACAGUGGGGACAAUGUGCUCCUCGAGGGUCACAAGAAGGUUCUGGUCGAGCCCCAGAAGAAUGUAAUUCUGGUAGAGACAGACAAGGGCUUGUACAAACCUGGAGAAACAGUGAAGUUUCGAAUUGUGAACCUCAGCGAAGACCUUCAGGUCAUUAAAAAGGAGUAUUCCCAGAUAUGGCUGGAGGAUCCCGAGUAUAACCGCGUUGCUGAGUGGCGGAACGUACAGCCAAGACACGGCAUUGUGGAUCUAGCCUUUCCCCUGGCCUCUGAAGCACUCCCUGGGGAGUAUACCAUCACAGUGCAAGAAAAUAUGGCUCAUAAAACUUUCAAAGUUGAAGAAUAUGUGCUGCAAAAAUUUGAAAUAACUAUUGAGCACCCUCCAUUUAUCACUACAGUGGAUGAGGAAUUUCAGCUGAAGGUCUGUGGCAAAUACACCUAUGGGAAGCCUGUUCAAGGGAAGAUAGAUGUUACCUUUAUCACAUUAUCCCAGUUCUUGGAAGAUGAUUUAACAAACUCUACUGAGAAGAGGAAGCAAAGCAGCUGGUCAAACAAGAAUGGCUGUGCUACAUUUACAGUGAAGACAGAAAGCCUGGAACUGGAGGAAAAUGACAUCUCCAUAGCUGUGGUAGGAGAAAUGGUGGAAGAUGGAACAGGAGCAAAGAUUAUGGAAACCUCUGGAAUUCCUAUUUCAACUAGAAUGAAGUCUAUAGAGUUUAUCAACCUCCAUUCAUUCUACAAACAGGGACUGCCAUUCACAGGGAAGAUGUUCUGCCACAGUAAUGAGUCUCCCCUUGGAAAUGAGACAGUCUACCUCAUAGUUGACCUCAAUGAUGAGGAGAUGCAAUUGUCAUUCCUCACGGAUGAGAACGGGGAAGCUCACUUCUCGCUGGACACCACCAGCUGGAACAGCACAAUGGUUUCUUUGAAGGGUACCUACAACCUCAGACGGGAUGAUGAGAAAGGUUCUUCUGAAAGCCACACUUCUGUUGGGGAGAGCUUCCACUGGCUGAAGCCUUUCUACUCUGAGAGCAAGAGCUUCCUGGAGAUCAAGGCCAAGAAUGAUGUGAUGUCCUGUGAUCAAGAGCAGGAAGUACAAGUAGAUUAUAUCCUUGACCGGAAUAAACUCAGCUCUAAAGCAGACCACAUUGAUUUUUACUACUUGGUGAUAGCAAAAGGCAAGAUCCUUUUCAGCGGAGAGAAGCAGCUGCCAAUUGACCAGCAUGAGAGUCUGCAGGGCUCCUUCUCAUUGCCCCUGACUAUUGGCAAUGACUUCCUGCCUGACAUCAGGCUUCUACUGUAUACAGUCUUCCUGGAUGGAGAGGUGGUGGCUGAUGUGGAAGAAUUUAAAAUAGAAAAGUGCUUUAAACACAAGGUGGCACUGGACUUCUCACACAAGGAGGAAGUCCCAGGAUCAGAAGUCACUCUGGACCUCAAGGCUGCUCCAGGGUCCUUCUGCUCUGUUCAAGCUGUUGACAAGAGUGUCCUCCUGAAGAAGAACAACACCCUAACAGCAGACACACUCUCUGAAAAGGUCUUUGAACACAGCUUCAUAAUUGGAGGAAGAGGGUUCCCUUAUUACCUAGAAGACUUUGAGCCAUACCCUUGUUUGCUCCAGCAGCCCAGCCUCCACAAAAAGGCUAGAAUGGAAGCACCAUGGUACCAAAGUGAUGGUGAUGUCUUUAAUCUGUUUAAGAGGCUGCGUAUGAAAGUCUUCACCAACACCAGAAUCAAGAAACCAGUGUCCUGUGCGCCACGAGACAUGAAGAAAAAGCUGUUGUUUGGCCCUGCCGCUGUGGUUGGUAAGGGAUAGAUCUAUGGUGCCUCUGCACCUCACCUGGAACCCAAGCAGAAGCCAAAGCCCCGGACCCUCUUCCCAGAGACCUGGAUUUGGGAUUUGGUCUCCGUUGGGGACGAUGGCCAAGCCUCUCUCCAAGUUGCUGUACCUGACACCAUUACAGAAUGGAAUGCCAACACCUUCUGUGUUGCUGAUACUGGCUUUGGGUUCUCACCUCUGACCACUCUGAGGGUCUUUCAGCCUUUCUUUGUGGAUCUGUCACUACCAUACUCAGUGAUUCAAGGAGAAACUUUCAGCCUAAAGGCCACUGUCUUCAACUACCUCGAGGACUGUAUCCAGGUGCACACCACGCUCACAGAGACCCCAGAACUAGAAGUGGAGCCCUGUCCAGGCUGCCAAUUCACCAGCUGCCUCUGUGCCAAUGAAGCAAAAACCUUUGUGUGGAAUGUGACAGCCACCAGGAUGGGCAAAGUCAAUGUCACUGUGACUGGCAUGGCAGAAGAGUCACACGAUCUGUGUGGUAACAGGGUUGCUGUGACACCUUCGCAAGGACAGAGAGACACAGUGAUAAAACCUCUGCUCAUUAAGCCAGGAGGUGUCCUGCAAGAGAAGACCCAAAACACCUUCCUCUGUGCUGCAGAUAACUCUGUCUCUGAAGAAUUCUCCCUGACUCUACCUGCAGAUGUGCUGGAGGGAUCUGGCAGAGCCACUUUCUCUAUGAUUGGGGACAUCAUGGGCCCAGCACUUCAAAAUUUAGACCGGCUGCUGCAGAUGCCCUUCGGCUGUGGUGAGCAGAACAUGGUGCAGUUUGCACCAAACAUCUUCAUACUCGAGUACUUGAUGAAGACUAAUCAACUGGACCCAGAAAUUGAAGCUAAAGCCCUCAAAUUCUUGAGAAAAGGUUACCAGCGUCAACUGCUCUACAAGCAUGAUGAUGGCUCCUACAGUGCCUUUGGGAAAGCUGACAACCAGAGCAACACAUGGCUGACAGCUUUUGUAGCCAGGUCCUUUGGACAAGCCAGCUCUCACAUUUACAUCAAUAAGGAUCAUGUGCAAAGUGCUCUGCACUGGCUGCAGAAGCACCAGCUGCCUAGUGGCUGCUUCCAGAGCGUGGGGAAGCUCUUCAACAAUGACCUGAAGGGUGGUGUGGAUGAUACAGUCUCAUUAACAGCCUACAUCGCUGCUACGCUGGUGGAACUCCAUCUGGAGCACAAUGAUACUAUGCUGGAUAAUGCCUUGCACUGCCUCAAGAAUGUAGCACUUGAUAAGACAAACCUGUAUGUCAAGGCCUUGCUGGCUUAUGUCUUCACACUGGCCAAGGACACAGGGAUGAGACAGCAGCUCCUGGACACGCUGGAGAAGGAUAUGGCAAGGCUCCUGGCAUCACACUCCAGUGGAGAAAAGCCUUCUUCUGUGAUUGAGACAGUAGCCUACAUCCUCCUGGCUCACGUCUCUAAACCAGACUUAUCAGUCAAUGAAGCCUCAGUGAGCAAGCUUGUGCACUGGCUUAGUGGACAAAGAAAUGCCUUUGGUGGAUUUGCUUCCACACAGGACACAGUUGUCAGCCUGCAGGCCCUUGCUCAGUAUGCAGCCCUGAUUCCUCAGGAGAUGAGAGAUGUAAGGGUGACAGUGAAAGGCAAGGAAGCUUCUCCACUAGAGUUCCAUGUGCACAAGAACAACAAGUUGGUCCUGCAUCAAGCUUCUCUUCCUGAAGUCCCAGGGGUGUACACAGUGCAGGCAACUGGCAGUGGCUGUGUGUAUGUACAGACCACUUUGUACUACAACAUCCCACCACCAAAAACAGAAGAGGUGUUUGCUCUGGAUGUGGAAACAGUACCAAGAGAAUGUGAUGGUGCCAGGAAACAGCUUGACAUUCAAGUGUCUGUCAGUUAUGUAGGGGACCGUGGGACCAGCAACAUGGCCCUGGUGGAGGUGGAGAUGCUGUCAGGGUUCAUUCCUGUGAAGAGCUCUGUGAAAGGGCUGGAGGAGAUACCACUGGUGAAAAAGACAGAGAUAACACCAGACAAAAUCAUAAUCUACUUGGAAGAGCUGGGUGGCACUCCUUUGAAAUUUAACAUCUCAGUGGAACAAGAUGCUGAAGUGCAGAACCUGAAAACAGCAACAGUGCAUGUCUAUGACUACUAUAAGCCAGGUGAGGUUUCACUGACACAGGCAAAGGCCAACUCUUAG